AUGGCGCGACAAUACGAUGACGAUGAACACCCAAAAUUGAUAAUUCUUAGAUUUUAUAAAUUGUCAUCGCAAAUGGAUUGUGGAAAACCAAUAUAUUACACUAACAUAGAUCCUGAACUUGGCUUCCCCCAAAAAGACUAUGAAGAGAACUAUUGUAGUCAGGUGUACCCAGUCACUUUGUCCUGGAAGGAUUGCAGCGUAUUUUCCUUGCCGAAAAGGAACCUCUUUUGCUUUCUAAAUAAAGAAGACGAACCUCCCAAACAAAUUUUAACCAAUGUGAGUGGUGUAAUUAAACCUGGAAGGCUCACAGCCGUCAUGGGAGCAAGUGGAGCCGGAAAGUCGACCUUGAUGAAUAUGUUGACCUUCAGAAACAGAGGGUCACUUGUUAUCCAGGGAGAUAUAAAGGUCAAUGGAGUAACAAUGGAGAAAGACAAAAUGGCGAAUCUCUCCGCCUACGUUCAGCAGGAUGACGUUUUCAUUGGAACAAUGACAGUUAGGGAACAUCUGGUUUUCAGGGCAAUUUUAAAAAUGGACGGACGAACGCCAAAAGCGGAAAAACUUCAGAGAGUGGAGGAAGUUAUACAACAGCUUGGACUGACUAAAUGCGCAGACACAAUGAUUGGAAUCCCAGGAAAAAAGAAGGGAAUUUCGGGAGGAGAAUUAAGACGACUUUCGUUUGCCUCUGAGUUGCUUACAAAUCCUCCAUUGAUGUUCUGUGAUGAGGUCACUUCUGGUCUGGAUUCGUUCAUGGCCCAAAGCGUUAUACAAUCACUGAAGACCAUGGUUCACACAGGACACACCAUUAUGUGUACUGUACAUCAACCCUCCUCAGAAGUGUUCGAAUUGUUUGACGAAAUCAUUUUAAUGGCGGAAGGGAAGAUAGCAUUUUCGGGGCCAGUAUCACAUGCUAUUGACUUUUUCAAAAGUGUUGGUCAUCCCUGUCCGGUAAACUACAAUCCUGUCAAUCAUUUUAUUCUUACUCUCGCCAUAGUUCCGGGAUACGAAACAGAAUGUAAAGGGCGUGUAGAGAAAUUGUGUGAGUUCUAUGACAGUAGCUCGGCCUCUAAGAGAAUAGAUCAUUUUGAUGUCACAAUGGAUCCAUACGAGCGAAGAAUGUCACAAAAAUUGCUUGAAGAAUCUUUACAUUCCAUAUCAAGCAGUGGACCUUCAUACUUUCAGCAACUUUCAUGUGUCAUGUGGAGAAGUUGGAUAACAAAUAUACGAGAGCCCAUGUUGGUCAAAAUAAAGUUCAUUCAAACAAUACUCUUUGCCCUGUUUAUGGGUUUGGUUUACCUGAAAACUUCCAAUGAUUACAAUCAAGAGGACAUCAUGAAUAUCAACGGAGUUAUCUUUCUUCUUAUCAUCAGUUUUACCUAUAACAAUUUAUUUCCAGUCUUAAAUGUUUUCCCUAAAGAAAUACCGGUCUUUUUAAGAGAACAUGGCGCUGGUCUAUACAGAGUUGAUGUGUAUUACUUCAGUAAAAUGGCCGUUGAGAUUCCAUUUCUCGUCAUCAACUCCACGAUGGUCAUAGCCAUUGUUUACUGGAUGAGCGGUCUUGUACAUGAUCUCAAUGCCUUCAUCAAUGCUACAAUUAUUUCUAUAUUAGCUGCAGCAUCCUCGUCUUCGUUUGGUUAUGCUAUAUCUGCCGCCUCACCGUCAGUUACUAUUGCUCUGUCCCUAGGACCUCUCCUCAUGACCCCUUUUCUUCUCUUUGGAGGGUAUUUCCUAAAUAAUGGGUCGGUGCCCGACUACUUUCUGUGGGUCAAGUAUUCCUCCUGGUUCUUAUACAGCAAUGAAUUGAUGAUUACAAAUCAGUGGAAUGGUGUCAGACAUAUUAAUUGUGAUGAUGAUAAUUCUACGGUGUGUAUCCACACGGGAAAAGAAAUCAUUCAUAGUCUUAAUUAUAACGAGGACAAUUUCUGCUUUGACCUUGUCAUGCUUUCGACCAUUAUCCUGACAUACCGGAUUCUGGCUUUUCUCAUUCUCCUGGUUAAAGCCAAGUUGUCAAAGUGUUAGGAGUGCAGUAAAAGUUACUCGGAUUUAGAAGAAAAAUUAAUGAUUAAUAAUUGAAUAUUAAUGAAUUAAUGAUAAAAACGUAUCUUUAGAGAUCAUUUACAAAUCCAAAAAUAAAGUCUUAUGCUGGAAUUAGAAGAAACUGCACAAUUUAAUGACAAGACUUUGUACUAUAGAAUACUCCAUUUCACCACUUCGGAAAUCAAGUAGCUGCCAUGGUCAAAUGAGUGAAGAGGCAUUGAAUGUACCUUUGACUUCAAUUUCUUUGCGAUUCUUUGAUGAAGAUUAAAAAGUUAUUAUGCAUUAUGUAUAGUAUACAAAUGCAAUCACGAUCACAUCAAAAUGUCCUACAAUGAUAUUUAUAUUUCAUAAAUCAUUUGGGAUAAGCCUGAAAUUGUGUUGUCUUUCAAAUUUUGUUUUGAUACUCAGACAUAGAAUAGUGCAUGAAAUAAACCGUAGUCUUUCCUAGGACGGAUACAUGUAGUUAUGUAUGAGCAUAUGUAAGAGAGUGAAUGAGAGAAUGAAAGAGAGAGAUUGACUAUGUCCUAAGAUAUCCAUGUCAAUGUAUUCAUUGUUUGUAUAUUUAAAUUAUUUCUUUGCCUGUUACUCUUAUGCACAUUUAUACAUGUAAAGUGAAUGGUUCAGCCUUUAUUAUACUUGUCGACUUGUUUCAAAGCAAAGUCUUCAACAAAUGUGUUAUAUCAAACUGUUAGA